AUGUCAGUGAACCUGAUCACCGAAGACGACCGCACGAAGGAUCCCAGCGCCGUCCAGGAUCCCACAGCGAAGCCACCUCAGAAAUUCCUCCGCUUUCAACGGCCGUUUACUCGGGAAGUCAGCCAAACCCUCACUAUAGAAAACAACAACGAUGAGCCGGUUGCAUUCAAGGUCAAGACAACAGCUCCCAAAAGCUAUUGCGUGCGCCCGAACUCUGGCCGCAUUGGAGCGGGCGAGAGCAUAGAUGUUCAAGUUCUUCUUCAGGCGAUGAAGGAUGACAGGUCAGUGGGCACGUCUAAAGACAAGUUUUUGGUCCAGUCUGUCGCAGUGUCCACGGACAAGGAUUUCUCCAAUGUCAGCUCGAUCGACUCUGCGGAAACCGCAACCGCGGAAAUUAAUGGAAUUGUAUGUCCCAGUUGUCGGUAUCUUAUCCCCACUGGCCUCGGAGAGGAUCCACGUUUACAUAGAUUGCUUGUGCAGGCUUCUCCUGAGGAAGAACCCCCGGCGUACACCUCCCCCAAUGCCUCUAAAUUUGAUACACCAACAGCAGUCCGAGCUGCUCUACCAGAUGCGACGUCAUCGGAUGCCCCAAAAGCCGAAUCGAGGCAUUCCCCUCUCGCCGCCGUACCACCAAAAGAAGAUACCGCAAGUGAAGAGCUGAGGUCCAAACUUGCGGAAGCCAGAGCACAAAUCGAAAAAUUGAGAGAUCAGCUUGCAGAUCAGGGUCUAGGACAACGAAAAAUCAGCAGCACCGCACCAGGAUCGACAUCUUCUGGGCUACAGCAGCACCCCCCUCAGCCGGCGGAAAUUGGCGUCCCAUUGCGAGUUGUUGCUGGUCUUUGUUUCCUCAGUUUCCUCUUGGCAUACCUCUUCUUCUAG